AUGAGCAAUAAGAUGGCGACUCAAGCAAUGAAUCUAGAUUUAAUUCCUGUUGAUGAAAUCAAUUCACCAAACGAAGCAUCUAUCAAAAACGACAUUCCCAUGGUUGUUUCCGACGAUGAAGAAGUUGCUGGAGAUGGCGGAAUCUAUGAUGAAUCCGCUCUCGAUGAUUGCAGUUCCGUAUUGGAAUCGGAUAGCGAAUGGGGAGCGGAUGAUGGUGAUCAUAACGAUGGAGGCGUAGUAAAGGACGAUGGCGAAGAUGUCCAAGACAAGAAGGAAAGCGCGUUAUCUGCGGCCAAUUUGGAAGACUGGCUCUUUUCAUCUUCAUCACCAAAAGCAGAAGAUGUGGUUUCGGAAGAUGAUGUUGAUAUGGACUUUGAUGACGCGGAUAAUGGCGAGUUGGACAACCAAAAUGGUGUUGAAGCCUCGCCAGACGAUGAGAUUCCUGUCAACUCGAACGCCGCCACCAGCGACAAAUUGAACGAGUCAGUCGAAGAUGCACUCAGUCUGAUCAAGACAAUUGAUGCUGAGAAAGUGAAGCAGCAACAAUCGCAAUCGCAAUUGCAAGACAUGCCAUCUGACAAGGACAAGGGAUUCUUUGAACCAGGUGUCCCUCAACUAGCUGCAGCCGAACGCAAGAUGCACGAAACUAGGACCUCCAAAGAAUUGGAGUUGGAAGCACUGCGCAACCGAGGUCUGGCAGGACGCAAUUCUCGUCAGCUCAAGAAAACGAUCAACAAGAAUCUCCAAAUUCAAAUUGAUGACGCCCACCGAAAUGGAAAUAUGGAGUGGAGAAAGAUUGGAGGUGGUGACGAUAGUCAAGAUGAAAUCGAAAUUGGGACCAUGACGACUGGUACCGCCACCAGUCCUCAACUAGCACAACAAGCUACGUCACCGGCAGUGGUCACAAGUCCCACUAUGGCCUACGAACAAUUAGCCAUGGAGCAGCAAAAGGAACGAGACCGUGCAAAGAAGCUGGAACAGGAAACCAUGAUUCAGAAUCAACUACAUCCCGAGUCCCAACGCAAGGCUGAACAAAAGCUAUUGGAAAUGGAUUUUGUCUUUGGAUUGCUGGUAGGCAAAAAUGACCCACCACCCGAGAUUAAAGCAGCCACCAAGGCAGCGGCCAAGAUUGUUCCAAACAUGCUGACCUCCAAGAAGACAAUUUACUACGAUCCAAGAUAUCCACCUAAGGUGGCCUUUAUUGAACUCGAUGAAGCCUACGAUGCCAAGGUUGCAGCACAAAAAGCUACAGAAGCUUUGGGUCCCAAGGCCAAAGGAAAAGUAAUUGCGCUCCAAAAACGAUACAUGGUUCGUGGCAGGGUUCCCGUCCUACCACGUAAACGAAGCAACAAGAGCAGGUCAUCAGAUCCAAAGAGCCCCAACGGAGGAAUGACGGCAAAUGCCACCAUUUCGACGCAACCGUUGACACCAUUGACAGCCACAGGAUCGGCAUCCAAUUCGGUGUGUUCUGGCGGUGAUCCAGCAACAAUGAAGGAAACUCUUGCAAUGCCAACCAUGGAACAAGUAGCCAGUCCCGUCGCUGCUGAAGAUGUCACAACGAGCGCCAAUAUCAAUAAGAAGGAAGAUACUGUUGCUGAUGCUGAUGAUGGGCUACAACCAACAAUGAGCGAAGAAGCCGAAAUGGCCGGUGUUUUGGAAGGUCCCAUGAACACUUCGGCCGAUGAACUCAUGGUGGACAAUAUGAGCGAACGCGGUGGACCAUCGGAAGAGUUCGUGGUGGCGGCCAAGGAAGUCGCUUCUCCCAAGUCACCAAAGCCAAAUUUGGUGGUCAACACUCGAUCUUCCAGUACUGACAUUAGGAGCAUUCGAAUGUCCAAGGAUGCUGAAUUGGAAGCUAUUCGACAACGCCGAGUGGCCAAGGAAAAGAACUUGGGCUUUGCUCAAUUGGAAGCCCAAAGUGCAUCGAGCAAGGCUGCCUACGAAGCCGAACAGCAAGAUUUGCUCCAACGCAAGUCGGGCGCUUCGGAAUUUCAAUUUUCGGCGGGACGGAUUGUCAACCCACUCGAUCAACUCUACUUGCAACAAAACAAGCAGAAUCGUAGCUAUCGAGAGAUUCAGCAAAAGACUCGCGAAGAAUAUCAUCGGGUUUCUCCCUCUGCUGCUGCUGCUGCUGCUGGGGAAGGUCAAUGA